UUUCUACAAGAAAUCUGAACAUAACCUCAAAAUAUUUGUAGUUGUGAGGUUAUACGUACCACAAUCGUUUAAUUAAACAUGCAAACAAAUGGACAUUGGCCUAUACGAACUUCAUUUCAUUCCAAUGGAGGCACUUCGCGUGAAGAGACGUUUAUAGGUACUUAUUGUGCCUUAAUUAUGAUACCUUGUUAGUAAAAAAAAUAUAUACUAUGAACUAUGUUGUAAUAAAAAAAUAAUAGUUAAAUAUAUUUUCUAAAAUAUUGUGUAAAAUUGUGGAGUGUACUUAUAAUGCAGGAAUAUCGAAAAAUCUAGAUUUUAAUUCUGCACCGGUGAAAAAUUUACGGGUUAUUAAAUUCAGUUCUACAAAUUCUGAUGAAAUAGACAACAAUGGCGCAGACAAUUUUUGGAGUAUGGGACUACGUCAUUAUGGUAGCUACAAUGUUAGCCUCAAUUGUGAUCGGACUUUAUUUUAGAUUCAGUGGAGGGAAACAAAAAACCAAUGAUGAGUACCUUUUAGCUGAUCGCAACAUGUCAAUAUUUCCUGUAGCUGUUUCAUUAAUGGCGUCAUUCAUGUCUGCUAUCACACUAUUAGGACUGUCAGCUGAGAAUUAUUACUUUGGAAUGCAAUUCGCUGUAAUAAACAUUGCUUAUGGCAUCGCUACACCGGUUGCCUCUCGGCUCUAUCUGCCAGUAUUUUUUGGAUUGCAGAAAACUAGUACUUACGAAUAUUUAGAGUUACGUUUUGGACCUCAAAUAAGAAUGUUGGCAUCUUUAACGUAUACCUUACAAAUGGUAUUAUACAAUGGAAUAGUUUUAUAUGCACCGGCGAUCGUUUUGGAAUCUGUAACUGGAUUGGAUAGAUUGAUUUCUAUUCUGGUAGUUGGUUUAGUUUGUACCUUCUACUCGUCGCUGGGUGGUAUGAAGGCUGUGCUUUUUACUGAUUUAUUACAAUCAUUCUUGAUGUUUGGCGCAGUAUUUAGUGUAGUUAUAUUUGCAUCGGUACAACUUGGAGGAUUUGAACAGAUUUUUAUCAAAGCUCGAGACGGUGGGCGGUUAGAUUUUUCCAAUUUCAGCGUAGAUCCAACAGAGAGACACACGUGGUGGUCGCUUAUAAUUGGUGGAUGUAUUACAUAUCUAUCUCUAUACGCCGUAAAUCAUACACAGGUGCAACGUCUUCUCACGGUGAGCACGUUGGACCGUUCGCAGCAGUGUCUGUGGUGGAGUUGGCCUGUGCUUUCAGUCCUAAGUAUUGUGACCUGCAUAAGUGGUUUAAGUAUGUACGCUGUCUACAAAGACUGUGACCCGCUGGCCAGCAAAAGAAUCACCGGAGCUGACCAAUUGAUGCCGUUUUACGUGGUCGAUGCAAUGAAAUCAAUGCCUGGUCUGGCUGGGUUAUUUGUGGCUGGAAUAUUCAGUGCGUCCCUAUCGACCAUAUCCGCUUCUUGUAAUGCAUUGGCAGCUGUCACUCUUACGGAUUAUGUGGGCAGGUGGUGUAGAAUAAAUCCAUCAUACGUACCAUGGCUGACCAAGUUAGCCGCAUGUGGUUUUGGCCUGGUGUUUCUGGCUUUGGCAUUCAUCGCUGAGCACUUGGGAGGGGUGCUGCAAGCUUCACUGACCAUAUUCGGCGCAGUUGGGGGACCCCUAUUGGGAAUAUUCACAUUGGGAAUGUUCACUACGUAUGCAAACGAGCGCGGUGUAUCCGUGGCACUUCUCACUGGUAUGGCCGUAACACUUUGGAUUAGCUUCGGUGGACCGCGACCAUUGCCAGUAAAGCUGCCAGUCAGUGUCAAAGGUUGUCCUGGCAACGUGACGUUGAGCGUUUUAUCCACGCCGCCGCCGAGCGAUUAUUUCUACAUGUACAGGGUCUCUUAUAUGUGGACUAGUCCGAUCGGCUUUAUUUGGGUGCUAGUGGUGGGGAGCAUUGUCUCGUUGGCAUGGAAACAGCAGCAUCCGUGGCAGAAGGUGGGUCUGGCGCACCCAGACCCUGCGCUGUUCACGCCCCCUCUCGCGAGCAGACUCAGAGCUAAAUAUGACAAGAAGUCCAGCGUACAUUGCGAGCUACUCAAACAAAACGGUCAAGAAUAAGGUUCGUGACACACCUAGUUCAUAUUGAACGGGAUAAUAAAUAUAACGUCAUUCGUCAAUCAAAUUAUUAAUUAUGUAGUUACUUAAUUAAUUAUCCACAUUUAACCACAUUACAAAAAGGCAAAACAUGUAAGUUAUUAUGAUUUUUAGAUUAAUUUAGCUUAUCUUAAAUAUACCAAAAAAAAAAAUAGUGUAAAUCUACUUAAUUUCGGUAAUUACGCAAUUGUUUUUUUUAAGUUUAAAAAAAAAAGGGUUUUGUAAAAUUUCACAAUAUUUUGGUUUUGAUUGGCGAACGGUGAUAACUUAAUUAAAGUAUUUUAAUAAAAUGACAAAGGUUUCUCCUAAAAUUUAUUUUUCUAAUAACGAAUUGUUUGUAGGCUUAAAGAGAGUGUGUAUGUAUCUAAGUGUUGUUGUAUUGAAGUUACUUAAAAGUAAAUUAAUUAAACAAAUAAAAAACCCUGCACUGCAUAAACUGCAUAAAGUAUAAAAAAACUGAAAAGAAAAAAACACAAGGUCAGUCCAGAAGUGUAGAAAGCAAUUAGAAGCAGUCGGGUAAAAAUAUUGAAGUGUAGACAAUAUUGUAUGUAAUUAGAUGAAUUCUUUGGAAUUUAAUAUAUUACGAGGCCUAAAAGUAUUAUUAGUUUUACUAUAAUACUAUAUUUAUUUAUUUUAUAAUUUGUUCCUUUCAGUUAUAAAAAAAACAUUCCUUUUAGUAGUUUCUAAAGAAACCAUAAUGUUAUAUCAAUUGUUACAUAUUGUUAAUACGAAUAAAAUAUUCAAAUUCAUAUGUUAUAUGAAUGUAAAUAUUUUUGUACCUUCUUAAAAGUUGUUACUUGAUUAAACUUGACGUAAACUUGAUUUUACUUGCAUACUUAGGUACUUUUACCUAAGUAUGCAAGUAAAAUCAAGUACUUAAUAUGUAUAGUUAUUAUUUAUUAUUUUUACUCAAAUGAUAAGCACAACAAACAUAUAGUGAUAUUAUGUAUAUCUACUUAAAAGUAAUUCAAAAGGCUUAAUAAAUAGAUCUAUUAUUGUAAGUUUUUUAUUGCAUAUUUUAGAUAAAAAUAUAUUAUCUGUAUAUUUUAAGACCAUAGACAGAGAAGUAAAUAGAAAAAAAUUACAAAAAAUUAAACAAUAAGGUAUAUGCAUGUAAUACAAUAUUAAUUGGUAUUUCUUCUGAAUUGAAUUUAAGUGCCUAUUCCUUAUUGGUUGAUAUUGCAAUGACAUGACAUAUAGACUUAUAAUUUGUUUGUUCCUAUUUGAUGAGAUAAUGAAUGAAAGGUCAAUCAAGGUGCAUUGCACAGAGUACUUUAGGUACGAGGUACUAAUUCAUAAAUGCUGAUGGUAUGUUCUUUGGUAAGUACCUACGCAGGUGGUUUGGUGGCACUAAGUGUUUUAUAUAUACAUAUUUAUACAAUAAACUAUGUAUAAAAGUUAGAA